GUCGUAGCCCUUGGAGACGUCCCCGAUGGGACGGUGGUGACGGUGAUGGCCGGGAAUGAUGAGAAUUACUCCGCAGAGCUCCGCAAUGCCUCCGCCGUGAUGAAAAACCAAGUGGCGAGGUUUAACGACCUCCGGUUUGUUGGGAGAAGCGGCAGGGGGCACCGGCAGAAGCUGGAGGAGCAAAGCAAGCCCUUCCCGGACCGCUACGGAGAGCUGGAGCGCCUGCGGCAGUCCAUGAGGGUCACCCCCACGACGCCCGCGCCCCGCGGCUCCCUCAGCACCCCCGGCCACUUCGGCUCUCCGGCCCAUUGCCCCCGCACAGGCACGUCGGACCUGAGCCCCUUCUCCGACCCCCGGCAGUUCGAGCGCUCCUUCCCGGCGCUGCCGGCCCUCACGGAGACGCGCUUCUCCGACCCGCGGAUGCAUUACCCCGGCGCCAUGUCGGCCGCCUUCCCCUACACCGCGACGCCCUCGGCCACGGGCAUCGGCGCCUACCGCCGCUACUCCGGCACGUCCGCGGGCUCCUACCAGUUCUCCAUGGUGGCCGGCGGCGAGCGCUCGCCCACCCGGAUGCUCUCGUCCUGCACGAGCGCCUCGGCGGGGAACAACUUGAUGAAUCCCAACCUGGGCAACCAAAGUGACGGGGUGGACGCGGACGGGAGCCACAGUAACUCGCCAACCGCCAUGACGACCACUGGGAGGAUGGAUGAGUCUGUCUGGAGACCUUACUAGGAGGAACUCAACCCCGAUAGCUUUAACUUGAUCCGACAGCCACCGGUACGUUACUCCUUUGGGCAGUGAAUAGAGCGAAACGAUGCCUAGGGAACAGAUAAACCAAAGUCUUCC